AAUAAUAAUAAUAAUAAUAAUAACAACAAUAAUAAUAAUAAUAAUAAUAAUAAUAAUAAUAAUAAUAAUAAUAAUAAUAAUAAUAAUAAUAAUAAUAAUAAUAAUAAUAAUAAUAAUAAUAAUAAUAAUAAUAAUAAUAAUAAUAAUAAUAAUAAUAAUAAUAAUAAUAAUAAUAAUAAUAAUAAUAAUAAUAAUAAUAAUAAUAAUAAUAAUAAUAAUAAUAAUAAUAAUAAUAAUAAUAAUAAUAAUAAUAAUAAUAAUAAUAAUAAUAAUAAUAAUAAUAAUAAUAAUAAUAAUAAUAAUAAUAAUAAUAAUAAUAAUAAUAAUAAUAAUAAUAAUAAUAAUAAUAAUAAUAAUAAUAAUAAUAAUAAUAAUAAUAAUAAUAAUAAUAAUAAUAAUAAUAAUAAUAAUAAUAAUAAUAAUAAUAAUAAUAAUAAUAAUAAUAACAAUAAUAAUAAUAAUAAUAAUAAUAAUAAUAAUAAUAAUAAUAAUAAUAAUAAUAAUAAUAAUAAUAAUAAUAAUAAUAAUAAUAAUAAUAAUAAUAAUAAUAAUAAUAAUAAUAAUAAUAAUAAUAAUAAUAAUAAUAAUAAUAAUAAUAAUAAUAAUAAUAAUAAUAAUAAUAAUAAUAAUAAUAAUAAUAAUAAUAAUAAUAAUAAUAAUAAUAAUAAUAAUAAUAAUAAUAAUAAUAAUAAUAAUAAUAAUAAUAAUAAUAAUAAUAAUAAUAAUAAUAAUAAUAAUAAUAAUAAUAAUAAUAAUAAUAAUAAUAAUAAUAAUAAUAAUAAUAAUAAUAAUAAUAAUAAUAAUAAUAAUAAUAAUAAUAAUAAUAAUAAUAAUAAUAAUAAUAAUAAUAAUAAUAAUAAUAAUAAUAAUAAUAAUAAUAAUAAUAAUAAUAAUAAUAAUAAUAAUAAUAAUAAUAAUAAUAAUAAUAAUAAUAAUAAUAAUAAUAAUAAUAAUAAUAAUAAUAAUAAUAAUAAUAAUAAUAAUAAUAAUAAUAAUAAUAAUAAUAAUAAUAAUAAUAAUAAUAAUAAUAAUAAUAAUAAUAAUAAUAAUAAUAAUAAUAAUAUUAAUAAUAAUAAUAAUAAUAAUAAUAAUAAUAAUAAUAAUAAUAAUAAUAAUAAUAAUAAUAAUAAUAAUAAUAAUAAUAAUAAUAAUAAUAAUAAUAAUAAUAAUAAUAAUAAUAAUAAUAAUAAUAAUAAUAAUAAUAAUAAUAAUAAUAAUAAUAAUAAUAAUAAUAAUAAUAAUAAUAAUAAUAAUAAUAAUAAUAAUAAUAAUAAUAAUAAUAAUAAUAAUAAUAAUAAUAAUAAUAAUAAUAAUAAUAAUAAUAAUAAUAAUAAUAAUAAUAAUAAUAAUAAUAAUAAUAAUAAUAAUAAUAAUAAUAAUAAUAAUAAUAAUAAUAAUAAUAAUAAUAAUAAUAAUAAUAAUAAUAAUAAUAAUAAUAAUAAUAAUAAUAAUAAUAAUAAUAAUAAUAAUAAUAAUAAUAAUAAUAAUAAUAAUAAUAAUAAUAAUAAUAAUAAUAAUAAUAAUAAUAAUAAUAAUAAUAAUAAUAAUAAUAAUAAUAAUAAUAAUAAUAAUAAUAAUAAU